UCUAUGAUUGGACCUGCAUAACCUGACAGUUGUCUUGUCAACCACCAAUGGACUCUCGAUUAUUCUGUCAAUAGUUAUCAAAAUUAUUAUCAAAAACACCUGAAAAUAUGAAUGAUAACAUGAGUUUCACGACAGUUUCUCGCUUCGUUCGUUCAAAAUAGUUAUCGGGAACUGUGGCGGAGGACGCAUCGUAGUUCCCGAUACGAGUCUGUAACUAAAAUCGUGAACAAGAAUUGACUCCGGCGAAGUGUGUUGGCGAGAAAUGGUGUUAUUUUGAAACAUUGUUUACAUUCAUUCCAAUAAGAAAAAUUGUGACCAAAAAAAAGUGUAAAAAUGGCGCGUUAUUAUGAGAAUACUUCGACAUUCAACUUCAGCUGGGAUCAGGUGGUGCGCGGGUACUGGAAGAGGUACCCUAAUCCUCAGAGCACCCAUGUCCUGUCUGAAGACACUUGGAGCAGACAAAUCAAAGACGGCUGCCUUCACACAAAAAGAGUUCUAACGAAAACAAACAGAGUGCCAAAAUGGGGGGAGAGGUUCUUCAACGCAAAAUCAGUGAAAAUCAUCGAAGAGAGCAUCGUGGACCCCGACCAAAAAGUCCUCAUCACGUACACAAGGAAUUUGGGAUACACUAAAGUUAUGAGUGUAGUGGAGCGCGUGGAGUACAGGUCGGCGGGGCCGCACCAGACCGUGGCCAGGCGGUCCGCGUGGAUCGACUCGCAGGUGUUCGGCUUCUCGCGCGCCAUACGAGCCUUCGGAGUCGACAGGUUCAAGAAGAAUUGCACGCAGAUGGCGAGCGGUUUCAACCACGUGCUGCACGCGCUGUACGAGCGGCAAGCGUCGCACGGGCUGGCGCCGGUGUCGCACACGCUGAAGGAGAUGCGCUCCGCCGCCGCCGCCGCCGCCGCCGCCACCGACCGCGCCGCCGCCAACGUGCUCUCCUCCGUCAACCGCACGUAACCACCCGCCGACUGACCGCCGCCUCACCGCGCGGUCACCACGUCCACACGAGGUUCCGAACAUGCAGCCCACUUUACAUCAUAUUCUGUUUAUGUGAAAUGACUGCCAUGUUGAGAUAUGAAUCAGCUGCUUCGUAGAAACUGAAGUCAUUUUGCCAGACGCAUCCUACUGUAACAAACAAGAUAACCACAUCAAUCAAUCCGACAGUGACUUUCAAAACAGAUACAUAUUCAUAAUCCAGAAUUUAAGCCUAAAUUGAUGGUCUUGGUUGAAUUGAAGGUAUAUUUGGGAAAGUGUGAAAUUUUAUAAUGCUGUGAUCGAGUUUGGAAUCGUAAAUUGAGUGUAAUUUGCACGAACAAUACAGUGGAUUAUCUAGAAAGUUUGCCAUAACUGAUAAGGCAGUGAUAGUGAUAUAAAGAUAGCCACGCCUUUCAAUAAAUACCCCAUGAGAAAUAGUUUUGGGAUCUAUAAAAACAAAAGAUUCAGAAAGAAGUUCUAAUGGACUGAGAGACGCUUUGAAAGUGUUAAACAAAGAUAAUAUUUUAUGUGAAAGUAAAAUGGGUUUUGGAACUGUUUCCAUGCGCUAUUUAUUGAAAACUACUUAUGCUAUUUUGGCCACACCGAAGUUACUUUCUUGUGAAAUAUUGUCUUUCCUAAAAGUUUUAGAAUACAUACUUGACGUGGAUAAAUGUUUUUGUCUCAUAGUGGCUUUGAUUACAAUGUACUAUAUAAUAUCCAUCUUAAUAAAAAAAUAUUUAGAUCACAAACGAUCACAAGAUUGUCAUAGUGAUUUCUAUGAUAAUCAAUGUUUACUUAGGUGUGGUCAAAAUUAAAGUAAUAACGGACUUUAUGGUUUAUACAAAUAUUCCCAUUAGGUAUAUGAAAAUUAUUUACAAAUUCAAAUAUUAAAAAAGAGACAUUAAUCAGUUUAUAUAAAGAUAAAUUCUAUUUCAAUUCAUUAUUGACCAAAGUGUUACAUCAUGGAAUAUUCUAUAAAAAAAAUUAAGAAAAUAGAUGAAAAUAUUGCAGUCUUAUCUUACUUAUUCACCGCGUUACCGUUAUCAUAGAGGUAUUUUAAGGAAUAUAUUGUAUAUGCCAGUUAUAGAGAUAUCUUUUAUCUAAAGAAUAAAAUCUAUCGUAAUACUAAAAAAAAUAAUGGCCCUAUUUCGAACCCCUAAUUAGCCCUAAUGCUCAGUGAAGGAACAAGCCGUGAGGGCAGGUGAAUGUAGUAAUAAUGCAAAAAUAAUUUAAUAUUUUUUUAAAUACCGUUUUAAGAGAGCAACCUGUAUAAAUUUAUUUUGACAUGUGCGUCAUGAUGAAACAUAACCUCUAAAAUUAUUAGCAAGAGAAAAUAAUUCUGCUUAUCUGGCAUUCUGUGUAUUCUAUUCCUUCACUGGACAUAAAAUUUUCUCUCAGUAUGAUUACGUAUUGUAAAUCUUACGUAUUUAGUGAUCAUGUAGCACUAAAUUUUGCAUUUAUUUCCUCGGUAUCCAUGUUUGUUAAGAUUUUGGCUGGGAGGGACGCGUUUACUUUUAAAUGUGGUUUGCUCCAUAUCUAUUCUUAAUUAUUUCCAACAUAAUAAUAUACAAAUUAUUAAAUUAAUAAAUCAUUGAAACGUGUUAUACGAACUACAUGUUGGCUUUAGCUAUAAGCCUUAUUAUUCAUUUUCUACAUCAUAAAUUCCGAUGUUAUUCAGUAUUACAAAUCUAUUUCUAAUUCUCAAGAUUUAUUAAUAGCAUAUAUAGUGUUUGAUUUUUUAUCACAUCGUAAAUUGAUCGCUUAUUUGUUUUGAACCAUUGUUUAAUAAUGCACCAAUAAUGUAAACAUUUAGAUAUUCGGCUUACCUGUGCGUAAAUUUUAAUUAUUUUACUAGUAUAGAAAUUUGGUUAAGCUAUUUUAAAUGUCGAAGCACUGUGACAACGAUAAUUAUUGUACUAAGGAAGUAUAAUAGGAUGCCGUUGCGUCAAAGUUAUUAAUGUAAAUACUUAUUGCUUCACUUAUGCAUAAUGCAAAUGCUAAUUAAUAGUACAAUGUUGUCAUAAACAAAUAGACUAAGAUGGCCGCUGGUCGUGUCAGCCAGAUGAUAAAUAUAUCGACUGUAUCGAUUAAUCGAAUUCGCAAAUAAUAUCGAUUCGAUUCUUGGUUUUGUAUUCAUUUUCUUGUGUAUGCGCGAUGGAUUAUUUA